CCGGCGUGUUAAGUUGCAUUGCAAAUGUGAUUGAGAAGCUUCAUGGCGGUACGUUAGCACCGCGCAGCUUAGCGUUACCUCGUCGAUAUUUAUGUUCGAGCUGCAGGUUUGAUCGAGUCGCGCAGUAAAAGCAUCCGAGCUUCUUUUCCGACGAGAUGAGGUACGCUCAACUCGUCAUGGGUCCCGCGGGAAGCGGCAAGAGCACCUACUGCAGCACCAUCGCCAAGCACUGCGAGGCCGUGGGUCGCACGGUUCACGUCGUGAACCUCGACCCGGCUGCCGAAUACUUCGACUACAACGUCGCCUUCGACGUGCGCUCCUUGAUACAGGUCGACGACGUCAUGGAAGACGAGGAGCUGGCGUUCGGCCCCAACGGCGCGCUCGUGUUCUGCUUCGAGUAUCUGAGCGAGAACGUGGAGUGGUUGGAAGAGCAACUCGGCGAAGACAGCGACGACUACUUCGUCUUCGACUGUCCGGGGCAGAUCGAACUCUACACUCACCUCGACGUCAUGAAGCGGCUCGUGCGGACCCUGGAGGCCUGGGAGUUCCGCGUGUGCGGCGUCUUCCUGAUAGACUCGCAGUUCCUGGUCGACACGUCCAAGUUCUUCUCGGGCGUCCUCUCGGCGCUCGCGGCCAUGGUGAACUUCGAGAUACCGCACGUCAACGUCAUCACCAAGAUGGACCUCCUGAACAAGGCGGGGCGCCGCAAAAUCGGCCGCUUCCUGGAACCCGACUCCAGCUUGCUCGUGGAAGACGACCGCCUGGACGACACACACUCGCGGCUCUCGGAGGCCAUCGCCAGGGUCGUAGAAGAGUACAGCCUCGUCAAGUUCAUGCCGCUCAACAUCAAAAUGGAGGACAGCAUCGGGGACCUUCUGCUCGUCAUCGACAACGCCAUUCAGUACGGAGAAGACCUGGACGUCAAGACGCACGACUUCGAUCAGCCCGACAGGGACGACGAUGGGGACAUGCCUUACGGACUGGGGGAAUGAGGAGACUUGUGUAGAUGAAAGAGAGGACUCGGAGGCGCCCAACCCGUUUACGUGUAUUACGUGCGUCGUUAUUGGAACAGUGACUCGGUGUCCACCACUCGACGCUGAUGUGAUUCACCGCUGUUGUCAUAAUCAUGAAUACCACACUUCCUGAAGAGGGCGUCACGCAGAGUUGUUGUAGCGCUAUGCAUAAACUGUGAACCAGUGCGACAGGCAAGAAAUCAGAAUAAAACCGACAAGAACACA